AUGGAGGCGUUGACCGUCGGGGAGGAGAUCGGCAAGGGCCGGUUCAAGACGGUGAACCGCGGGGUGCUCAAGGCCUACGCCGUGAACGACGGGGACAACUCGGACCGGGACAUCGUGGUGAUCCGCUAUGCAAAGGGCAACGCGGAGAACUCCAACGAGCUCCAGGUGCUGAAUCGUCUGGCCUUGUUGUCCCACACCGCGGAGAACAUCCCCAAGGUCUAUGGUGCGGCAGAGCAGGGAAGAGACCUGGUGCUGGUCCAGGAGCUGGCGGCUUUCGGGUGCCUCAAGUCCGUGGUCUCGGACCCCCACGAGCUGUGGACUCCGCAGCACGGGCUGCACACCGCCAGGCAGAUCUGCUCGGGCAUGCACGCCCUGGAGGUCGCAAGGGUGGCACACGCAGACCUGGCCUGUAGAAACAUCUUGGUGAAGCACAUGGGCGCGGACCCCGCCAGCAUCUGCGUCAAGGUCACGGACUUCGGGCUCUCCGUGAUGAUCGACGAGGGCAUGGACCACAAGAUCCGGAAGCAGCCCUCCGCCACACGCUGGGUGAGCCCUGAGACGGUGGCACUCCAAAAGCUCUCCCUCCGCGCCGACGUGUGGUCCACCGGGGCCAUGCUGUGGGAGAUCUUCGCGAACGGAAACGUGCCCUGGGUGAACUGGCCCAAGCGGGUGCCUUUGGCCGAGAAGCUGCGGGCCAUGGUGGAGAAGCCGAACUCCGAGGAGGCCGCCUUCGACCCCCGCGCGGAGUUCCCAGCCCAGGAGGGCUACCCGGAGGAGGCGCAUGAGGCGCUGCUGAGCUGCCUCCAGGUGGACGAGUACGCCAGGCCGAAGUUCAACGACUUGGCCAACAGGUACGAGGAGGUGAUUCUGGAGGCGAGCCGCGGCGAGGCGGCCAGCCCCGAGGCCACGGACGAGACGACGUCGCCGCUGUCGCUAGCCUCGGAAGACGCGUCCACGGAGGCGAAAACCCCACGGACGCCAAAGCUGCUGGGCCGCGAGGCGGACCAAGGCGCGAUCCGCAAGGGCCAGGUGGGCCUGUCUCAAGAUGUGCUGACGCUGAUCACGCAGCAGAAGGAGAUGCUUGAGCUACUGCACGAAGAGUUCAAGGAGAUCAGGAGCCAAUCUGCGCCCCGCUCCAGGAUCUCCUCCGUGGGUACGCCUCAACGUGAGCAGCUCAUCCCUCUAGAGGACGGCAAACCCGUGAAGCCCGCCCACGUCAUGGCCAUGACCGGCACACCUGGCGCCUGGACGCUGCGCAGCCUGGUGGGCCCAGACCUCAUGAAGAAGCAGGAGUUCAAGGAGAAGGACGAUGCCUGGCAGGCGUUCAUCUACUGCUCGGACACCAACCAACCCUGCAGCCUGCUGGACCCCUCGGGGGAGACCAGGGCCUCCUCCGGGUGGACGGACGCCAGCCAGUUUGAGCGGGUGCAGCAGGCGGUGCUGGAGGGCUUUGCGGCGCCGAAGGAAGGCCAGGCGCCAGGCGCAUACGGCCACCAGGGCUAUGCCACGCCGCCAGCACCAGUCUUCGCCAUGUCGGCCCCGCAGUUGCCGCAGCUGCUGUCGUCGAUGCCGCAGUCCAUGUCGAUGAAGCAGUUGCCCUCCCAGUUGCCCGCCUUCAUGUCGCCACAGCUGACGCCCACCCUGUCCACACGUCAGCUGCCCGCAUUCAUGUCGCCGCCCCACGAGCCCCGCGUCAUCCGCGGCUGA